AUGGAAUAGGAGGGAAGAGGGAAGGAUUGAGUGAGGAGAGCAUUUAGUAGACACACUCCUUUAUACAGCCACUCUCCCCUUGCCACUGACGUUCACCACUGCAAUAUUUGCUGCCUGCCAGGGUUCUUCCUCUCACUAAAUGAUGACACGCAUCCUCUACUUGAACCUCUGCCUCCUUCUGCUGUUCCUCUCUUGUCCUGCGCAUGCCGAGCCUCGGCGGACCACGCUGUCUCAGCGCAGAGCCACUCGUGCACCUACAGUCAAAGUGCGUCUGGCGGGCAACUUUGCGCGAGAGGCGCAUGAAGGGCGCGUGGAGGUGCUACACAACAACACCUGGGGUACAAUCUGCGAUGAUGAAGUGGACAUAAAACUGGCCAAUGUGGUGUGCCGAGAACUGGGCUUCCGAGGAGCUGUAACGUGGGCCCACAGCGCAAAGUAUGGAGAAGGAACGGGUCCGAUAUGGAUGGAUAAUGUACGCUGCGACGGUUCUGAGAAGUUUUUGAAAGACUGCAAACACAAUGGUUGGGGGAUAAAUGACUGUAAACACUCAGAAGACCUAGGGGUAGUGUGCAUGCCUGAACGAAGGUUGGAUCAACCUACCAGCAGACACUACUCGACUCCUGCUAGAUCUCAGGGCAGAACUGCACCUCAGUGGGGAGGCUAUGUGGCAUCCCAGAGGCAUCCAGGAUACGGAUAUUAUGGAAACGGACAUUCUUAUGAGAGUCCCCAGUUGCAAAGACACCAACACUAUCAGGGUCACAGUAAGGUGCGAAUCGAAGAGGUCCGUCUUCGUCCCAUUCUCAUGGCUACCAAGAAGAAGAGCCUUAUCACAGAGGGUGCAGUGGAAGUAAAGCAUGCUGGUAGAUGGAGGCAAGUUUGUGACCUGGGUUGGAGUCUCAAUAGCAGCCGGGUUGUGUGCGGGAUGCUUGGCUUUCCAGAGGCUACUCAGUACAAUGUCAACACAUACAAGAAAAUAUGGGAUACCAAGGUUGCUGAUCCCACAACAAGAAUAAGUCUCAUGGCAAAAAAGAAGGGAUUCUGGGUAGAGAAAGUUCACUGUCUUGGCAAUGAGAACAGCCUGUCAGAGUGCCACGCUCAGCUGUCUAUCCCCCGAAGUCCAAGCCCUUGUAAGAAUGGGAGACAUGCAGUAGUCAAGUGUGUACCAGGGCCUCAGUUUGCUCGCAUUUCAUCAGGAAGACCCCAGGCUCCUUAUCCAAUUGUGCCUGUACGUCUAAAAGCAGGCCCCAGGCUGGGUGAGGGUCGUGUGGAAGUGCUCCGAGAUGGAAAAUGGGGAACCAUCGUAGAUCACAUGUGGGAUAGAACUGCUUCCAGCGUGGUGUGCAGAGAGCUGGGCUUUGGUACUGCACAGGAUGCUCUGCAUGGAGCCUUCAUGGGUCAAGGUACAGGACCUAUUCAUAUGAACAAUGUACAGUGCACAGGAUCAGAGCGCUCCAUCCUGGACUGCCACUUCCAGGAAGUCCAACCUUGGACAUUUAAACACAGCCAAGAUGCCUCUGUACGCUGCAAUGUUCCUAAGACUGGCACAGAGAAGACGGUGCGGCUUGCUGGUGGAAGAGUUCCAUCAGAAGGCCGUGUGGAGGUUUUGAUGGAGGUUGGAGGUCGUAAGCGCUGGGGCUCUGUCUGUAGUGAGAACUGGAACAUCAAUGAGGCCAUGGUGGUGUGCAGACAGCUUGGCCUGGGCUUUGCUGCCAGUGCUCAUCAGGAGACCUGGUACUGGUCUGGUAACCCAAAUGCAAGUGAAGUGAUUCUCAGUGGAGCUCAUUGUGUGGGCACAGAGCUUUCAAUCCAACAAUGUCGUCGCAACAACCAUGUCCAUUGUCCUCGUGGAGGUGGAAAUAGAGCUGCUGGAGUCAGCUGUUCAGACACUGCCCCGGACCUAGUUCUGGAUGCCCAGCUGGUCCAGGAGACAGCCUACCUAGAGGACCGUCCCCUCCAUCUGCUGACUUGUGCCCAUGAGGAAAAAUGUCUGUCAUCAUCUGCUGCUAGGAUGAACUGGCCGUAUGGCCACCGACGCCUGCUGCGCUUUUCUUCCCGCAUCAUGAACCUGGGUCGAUCUGAUUUCAGACCCAAAGCAUCAAAAGAAAGCUGGACAUGGCACCAGUGCCACAGGCACUACCACAGCAUCGAGGUGUUCACACAUUAUGACCUGCUGACUCUCAAUGGCACAAGGGUUGCAGAGGGACACAAGGCCAGCUUCUGUCUCGAGGACACCUACUGCCCUGAUGGACUACAGAAACGGUUCUCCUGCUACAACAUGGGUGAUCAGGGCAUCUCUGUGGGCUGCUGGGACACCUACCGCCACGAUAUCGACUGUCAGUGGGUUGAUGUGACAGAUGUACGGCCAGGUGACUACAUCUUCCAGGUGGAAGUCAAUCCCUCGAUGGACAUGGCUGAGUCAGACUUUAUGAACAAUGUGAUGAGAUGUCGAUGCAGAUAUGAUGGCCACAGAGCUUACAUGUAUAGUUGUCAUGCAGGUGACGCCUAUAGUGCAGAAAUUGAAGACCUGUUUGAACACCAGAGGCAAAUCACCAACAACUUUGUGUAGCCCAUCCCAGGGUCCAGUGCAAAGGCCUUCCAAUGGAGUGACGAGACAAUUCAGGGAGGGCUUUAGUUAAUGGCCCCAGGACCUUGGGACCUUAGGACCCACAAUAACAGAAAGCACGCAAAGUGGCACCUGCCCAUCUCCUUGGCAGAUGUGGCUAAAAUAUGAGCACAUGAUGUUACAACAGCAGCCAUCACAGAGGCUCCAAUUUCAACUCAAACAGCCAUUGACAACAGGAGUGGAACAGGGGCAGCUUAGUUCAGCGUGUUAGUAGGCUCUACUAAAGAGAAAUGAUUAUGGAUAUAGAUUUAAACUAUUCUGAUUUUUGUGAAUGGGGAUUACUCUGAAAUUUGUCAUUCAAAUCAUGUACCCACGAAAGGUGUAAAGAUAACUGUAGAAUAUCUGUCACACAGGCAACAGGGAAGCUGGUACUGUUGUAAAAUCUUAGAUCUGGAAGAGAUGAAAAAUUAUGAGAUUGUGUAAAUUUUUUCACAAGAGGCUGAAUUGAUGCACAUUUAGCAAAAACUACCACAGAUGGUUCAAAUUUUAUUUUUAUUUUUAUUUGACUUCACAAUUGACUCACUUAGAAGGGUUUUGCUUUUAGACUUCUUAAAUAUUGGUGCUCUAACAAAACUGUAUGUAGUCACAUUAACCUCAUCAGGUUUCAGGUGAAUGGUGUUAUACAGGAUAUUUGGGGUACUUUUUAUUGCAGUUCAUUUGUUAUAUUAUUAUUGCUUUGAUUUUAACAAAAUUAUAAUUUUAUAAAUAUGUACUUGUGCUUCAUAUUUAGAGUAGAAAACAAGAGGUCAGUUUAUUUUUAUGGAAGAAAGCACUUUAUAUUUUAAACAUCAGUAUUCAAGUUUUACCCCCAUUUGCUUUUAAUUAGCAGCAAAAAUAACAAUUUUUGGGUGUUGAUCUAAUAUGACUUUAUUGUGUUUUACAUUAUGGGACAUUGAAAUGUAAGGUAUGUGUUUAGUUUUAAAUGUGCUAUUUAUGCUCUAUUUAUUCAUGAAUUUCACACUUACACAGCAUGCUCAGUACAAUGGGUUGUUAGCUAGUGUUAAUUAGAAAAAGCAUUUUGUUUUUCUGACAUAAUCAAGAAUAAAAAAAAUUAAAGGUUCAUGCAGUAGUCAGAAGACAUAGUAUUAGAACACCUCCAUCAAGCAUAUGAAUAAUUGUUAAUUUAUUUAAUUUUAAUCAUUAAAACAAUUGUAACUGUGCAGUUUUUUUCCCCCAGCCUCUCUGAUGGAAAGAAAAACUGGUCUGACAAAACCGCAGUAUUGUGGUAGACAGGCAGCCUGGGUUUUGAGAGCAUAUAAAAAGCCUUUUAAUUACGUCUGUUUGGUUAGACUUAAGGUUAUGGUUAAGAUUGAGGCUAAAGCAUGUGUUUUAUAAAGAAAGACCAUGAAACUGUUACUUCUGCAAUCAUGGAAAGGGCAUGAAUCUGGAUUUCCAUCGUUACUCAAACUACAAGGGAGAUUUUCUGAUGUUUGAAGGAGAUGUCAAAUGAAAGACAGAAUGAGAAAGGGAUGAAGUGUGGAGGACUUAUGCAGGCGUACUUUUUACAACAAAAGCUUCCUUUUUGUAGGCAGCUAUAUAGAGACCACAGGGUGGCAUUUUCAGCUCCCCAAUGAAAACAACAUGUUUGUCUAGUACAAAAAAAUAAACCCCUCUAUUCAUGCUUCAGCACAGUAAACAUUAACCUUAUUUUUUUUUUAACCAAGGCCAGGCCUUCUAGAUGUACUGUACAUUUCUACACAAUGCUGAAUAAGUAUGCUUUAGCACACUAGGCAAUGAUACAAUUCCUAUUUCUUUCCAACUUGGAACAUGUGUAAAUGAUGUUUAUUUUGCCCUUUAAUGUGUUUGACGUGACUUCUUGUUUUAGUGGCUGAACCUGCUAAGCUGGCUUUCUAAUUGACAGGACGUGUCACCCAUAAAGACAGUUGUAGACUUAACUGCUUUCUUUAGCAGUUUUUCUAAUCCUUACUACAGUUUUCAUGAUUUUUAUUCUACAAAGAAGGUCUGGAAGUUUUUCAGAAUAACAUUUUCUGAUUGUGCACACUUGCAUGAACACAGUCAAACUCAUAAAUACAGUAAAAAAGAUCAGCAAAGCUGGUCUUGUUAGACAUGAAAGUCUGAAUUUAAAUAUUUCUGAUGUGUUUUUUUUGUUGUCAUUUUGUCUUUGUUUUUUUUUUAAGCAUUAGCAUAUUCUGUUCUGUGUGUUAUUUAAAAUCAUAUGCCUUUCCAUAGUUUAAGUUGGUUUAUAAUCAUCAUAUUACUGUAUUAGUACCCAUGCUGCCAACAUAGCAGUGGGAAUUUGUGUUCUAUGGCCAGUUUUGUUUGUGUCUUUAAAGCUGAGAGUGUGAUCUAAAUGGCGCUCAUCUAUAGUCAUUUUCAUUAAAAAAGCUGUGCUCUCAGGGACUUUGACCUCAUCUAAAUAGUAAAAAAUUCAUUUCAUAUGAUGUGACUUAGUUUGCUUUUAGCUGUGAUAACACCAAAUGAAAUGAAGCUGUAUGAACGGUUAGCUCUGUUAAAAAACCUAAUCUGUACCCACAUGUUUAUUUUUUAGGUAAAAAUGUAAGGUAUGAUGGGGAUAAGCUGUGCUAUGAUUUUGCCUAGGGGGACAUUCAGAUAAUUGUGGAUACACACUGGCUGAGUCAGAGUCAAAUCACAAUACAUUCAUUCAUCAUUACUGUGAAUCAAUAAAACUUCAUCUCA